UUGUGGCUAUCAGAGAACAACAAACGGUUAUCUCCAGUUAGAAUUUACUUCUCUGUCUUCAAAGUUCAAACAGUUUGAUAAGUGAUGAUGACAAGUUUUACAGCCUGUUAGCACAAUCAGAUUACUACUAUUUCAAUAGCUUCUCAAAUCUUCUUUGAUAAAAGUAGCAAACCGCAUGAUUAAAGCUAAACAUUAUAGUACUAGUAGUUUAAGAUUAAAGUACUAAAGCUUCAGUUCAACAUUUUCUCCCUCUGUACCUUUUCACUUUAUAGGGAUUUGGGGUCUCCUUUUCCAUACAUUCACUGAAUUUGCUAUUUUUAGUAGUGUCAGUACAGAUAGUAAGAGUCAUAGUCUAGUUCCUGUUGUUAGACUGCUUAGAUCUCCAAACUGAGUGUGACCCAGUUCUUUAAACGUUUUGUUUUGGUGUUCCUGCAUGUAAAAAAUUUGGUUUUUGACAUCUGGGUGUUGGUUGUUUAGUUGAUUUCUUUGAAAGCAAAAGAGAAAGUUAGGUUUUUUGGGUUUUAUUCCUGUUUUUGGAUCGUGGAAAGUGGGAACUGCAGAGAUGGCAUAUCCUUCAAAGCAUUAUGGUUUGAGGAGUAAUGGUGCUUUAAGGGUGGUUUUGGUGUUGUUGGCUAUAUUCUUUGUAGGCUACAUUGUUGGUUCAGUGUUGUUUUCGAAGGGGAGUUCAAAUGCUGCUUCAUGCUCUUGUGACUGUGAUUGCUCUCAAGAGCUAGAAUUGAUAUGGACAGUAGAAUUUAUCAACAAUUCAUAUCCAGACUGCGGCAAACACAAUCCAGAAAUGGGUGAAGAAAUGCAGAAGAAUGCUGUUGAUUUAAUAUCAGAUGAGAUUGAAUUACAAAGAAGAGUAGCUAAUGAAAGAUUGGAGCAGACCAGGACAUUGGUAAUAACUGCUAGGAGUACUUCUUCACAGUACCAAAUUGAAGCACAAAAAUGUAGUGCGCACACACAAACUUGCGAAGAAGGAAGGGAGAGAGCUGAAGCAGGACUAGUAGAGGAGCGUAAACUUACAGCAUUGUGGGAGCAACGAGCCCUAGAACUGGGUUGGAGAGAAAAUAUAACUUAGGCGGAUAAUAACACUAUUCAUAGUCCCGAAAACAUAGACAAGCAUUAGGUUUUUGAUUGUGGAGGAGCUCGUCUAACCCUACCUUACCAGUCUCGUGUAUAUAAAUAUUAUUUUUGCACUUUUUAUCUACUGUUUUCUAUUUGAAAGAGUCA